AUGAGUUCAGGCAACCAGCCCGCCUCGACGACCGGCAAUACGCCUCUCGAUGUCAAUAUUCUCAAAGAGAUUGCCAAGAAGGAUCUCGUAGACGCACUCAAUUCCGUUAAUGGUGCCAAAACCCUCGUGCUAGACGCGUCUCUAGCGGGCCCUCUGGGUCUGGUUACGGAGGUUUCCCUGCUGAAGCAUCAUGGGGUGGAUAAGAUGUUCUGGCUUGAACCAGGUCCAUUGACCUCGUCGACUACAAACAUCGUAUACCUGUGUCGCCCGCGGAUCAAGCAUGUAAAGAUCAUCGCAGAUCACAUCAAGAGGCAUGGAAAGGAAUCCCGGCAAUACAACUACACCCUAUUACUUGUCCCCCGAGUGUCGACGCUGGUAUCACGGAUAUUGGAAGAGGAAGGUGUCCUGGGAGAUGUGACGAUUUCGUCGUAUAACCUGCAGUUUAUCCCAAUCGCUGACGACGUCAUAUCGUUGGAACACGAGCACACGUUGAAAGAGCUUUGGGUUGAUGGAGAUGAGACCGUUGUUUUUGACUCAGCACAAGCCCUACUUACCAUCCAGAAACUGUUUGGGGUAUUUCCGCAAAUUAUCGGCAAAGGCGACUACGCGCAACGAUUGGCUACCCUCCUGACUCGGCACACGCCCAAGACAAUCAAUCCCUCACAGGCAGUGUCUGCCAGCAUCGAUUCCUUGAUCGUACUGGACCGCCGGGUGGACAUGAUCACACCCUUAUUGACACAGCUGACUUAUGAAGGCCUCGUGGAUGAACUUAUCGGCGUAAAGAACUCACAUGUUGAACUUCCGUUGUCCCUCUUGACACCUCCAACGGCUGGACCAAGUAAUGCUCCAAGUACUUCUACUUCGCCGCCGAGUGGUCGAACAAACAUUCCUGUGGUCGCGGUGAAAAAGGAAACAAAGAAGAAGCACCAUCUCACAACUGCCACAGACCCUCUCUAUGCAGAGCUGAGAGACCUCAAUUUUUCAUCCGUUGGUAAAAGGUUGAAUAAAGUCGCUCGACGCCUAGAUGAAGACUACAAGACGAAUCUUCAAUCGAAAACUGUAGCCCAGUUACGAGACUUUGUGGGUAAGCUCGGAGGCCUGCAGACAGAACAUCAGGCUCUUCGCCUUCAUACAGGACUCUCAGAAUUGAUCGUGCCUUUGACACGGACGGAAAUAUUCAACAAAUCACUGGAGAUCCAACAAAACCUCCUUGCUUCCUAUGAGAUUACUUCACAAUUGAAUGCCAUCGAAGACCUCAUAGCACAGGGUGCCGAGAUGCAGACCGUUUUGCGACUGCUCUGUCUGGCUAGCCUAACAGCGGGCGGUGUGAAGGCCAAGAAUUUGGAAAACCUGAAGCGUGAGAUUCUACAGGCGUAUGGGUACGAAUAUCUGCCGUUGCUACUUUCACUAGCCUCUCCAUCAUUGGCGAUACUAUUGCCGAACCCUCUGCCACUUUCCAUGUCCACAACCGCGGCCGGCCUGAAAUAUCCGUUCUCUUCUCUGCGGAAGUCGCUGCGCCUUCUUAUCGACGACAAUCCGGAAGCCCUUGAGGAAGUGGAGAAUGACAUCAGCUUUGUUUACUCAGGCUAUGCCCCCAUAAGCGUUCGACUCGUGCAAUGCGUCGCACAGAAGGGUGGGGUCAUAAGCAACCCAGCCGAAAAGGAGAAGUCGAGUGCAGAGGCGAGUCCUGGCGGAGAUCAGAACAAAUCAUCAACAGGAAAAGUCCAGGCGCAUCCAAUUGUUGGGUGGAAGGGAUUUGAAGAUGUCGUCGCAGCAAUACCAGGACAAACAGUGGAAAUUGUCCAGAAGACAGCGAGUAAAGCCCCACCAGGUCCUCUGGGAGCACUAGGAGCAACGACUGCAGGGUCAUCACGACAGAUAGCGACCACCACCACAGUUGUGCUCUUCCUGGGAGGGUGCACGUACACCGAAAUCGCAGCACUACGAUGGGUCGGACGACAGAAUCGAGGACGCAACUUCUUGAUCGCAACGACAGGAAUUAUAAGCGGCUCAAGCAUUAUAGAAGGGCUAGCUGGGACCGGGAUCCCAAAACAAAGCACCGGGUCUGUUUAA